GCGCCUCUCUCGCGCGCGCUGCUGAUGAGGCUGCAGCUCUAGUUGGGAAGUUGGCAGCCUGAGGCUUCAGAAGGGGGGCUUUACUCUCGCGCUGGCACUGGCACUCGGGAAUUAUGAGCAGAGCUGCUCAGAGCUGCACACUGUUUUGAACCUUUUUUCCUCCUUUUUUUUGAACAAGAGAGCUUUGACCACCAUGGAGUUCUGCAGGCGCGUGCUCGUCGUUUUCAUCCUCUCUCAGAUUGUGUGCACUGGAGCCCAGAAUGAUGCAGAGGAGGUCGCCUGCUCACCAGGCUUUCAAGUGAAGCAGUACCAGGUGGAGUAUGAUGGCGGUUUCCUCAAAGAUCAACCUCUUCUAAAAGUGGUAUUUGAUGACUGUGCGGAGAACCAGGACGUGUCGUUCGAAGUGUCCCACCCAGAUUUCCUGAUAGACGAGGAUCUAAAUCUGGUACCCAGGAGAGAUGUCAUAGACAGUGGGGCGGUCCUGUUUGUCCAUGGGCUCAAUGCUCACGCUGAUGACAUGGCACAAGUAGACAUCAUGGGCGCACCACCGAGAUCUCCUCAGACACUCAGGGAGAUUGUGGGUCUUGGAGACAUAACACCUUACAGGACAAAAAGGUCGCUACUGGUGCCGCCCAUGUUUGUGCCUGAAAACCAGCGUGCUCCGUUCCCCAGGUCCAUUGGAAAGGUGAUUUCAUAUGAUAUGAAAGAUGAUCAUUACUUCCGGUUGACGGGGAAGGGGGCGGACCAGGACCCAAAGGGCGUGUUCAGCAUCAACAGACGUACGGGCGAGGUGGCGGUGAGCCGGGCUCUAGACCGAGAGGCCAUAGCCUUCUACCAUCUUCAGGUGUCCACCACUGACAUGAGCGGCAAUCUGGUGGAAGGACCAGUGGACCUGGAUGUGUACAUCAUUGAUCAAAAUGACAACAGACCCAUCUUCAAAGAGUCCCGCUAUUCUGGAGAGGUUCUGGAGGGUUCCCCCUCAGGCACCACAGUGAUGACCAUGACUGCUUUAGAUGCUGACGAUCCAAACACAGACAAUGCUGUUCUGCGUUACAUCAUUUUGAGACAAUCGCCUGAGAAGCCCUCGCCCAACAUGUUCUACAUCGACCCGGAGAGAGGCGACAUCAUCACCGUCAUCUCACCCUCACAGCUGGACAGAGAGACUCUGCCCACCACACAAUACGAGCUGGAGAUUGUUGCUAAGGACAUGGCAGGAAGUGAGGUGGGGCUGACAGGGACUGCCACAGCCACCAUCACCAUCACGGACAGGAACGAUCACGCGCCGGAAUUCACCCACUCACUGUUCCAGGCCUCAGUGGAUGAAGGCUCUACAGGCGUGGUGGUAAAUCUGACCGUGGAUGACAGAGAUGACCCUGCCACUGGAGGGUUUAGAGCUAUGUACUCCAUCAUCAAUGGAGAUCCCAACCAGAGCUUUGAGAUCCACACCAAUCCUGACAACAAUGAGGGCAUGCUCUCUGUGGUUAAGCCCCUGGAUUAUGAGAGCAGCAUGUUUCACACACUGAUGAUAAGGGUGGAGAAUGAGGACCCUCUGGUGCCUGACGUCAUUUAUGGCCCCAGCUCCACAGCCACCGUCUACAUUGCAGUUCAGGACGUCAACGAGGGACCGGUCUUCUUCCCGGAUCCCCUGAUGGUCACUAAAUGGGAGAAUAUUCCUGUAGGAAGCUUCGUGGCCAUGCUCAACGCCACUGACCCAGACUUCCGUCAGAUCCAGAGCGUAAGGUACGGUGUGCUGCGAGACCCUGCAGGCUGGCUGAGUGUGAACCCGGUCAAAGGCAUGGUCAACACCACAGCUACGCUGGAUCGCGAGUCUCCACACGUGCAUAACAAUCGCUACAGUGCAGUCUUCAUGGCCACAGACAACGGUAACCCCCCUGCCACGGGCACAGGAACUCUAAUCAUCACCCUGCAGGACGAAAAUGACAACGCGCCCUAUGUGGUCCCCUCUGUGGCUCGUAUGUGCGAGGACGCCAAGGAGGUGAACGUGGCAGUCAUCGGAGCCCGAGACAAAGACAUCCACCCCAACACAGACCCCUUCAAAAUCGAGCUGGGGAAACAGCUAGGCCUGGAGAAGACGUGGAAAAUCUCCCGGAUCAACAACACACACUCGCAAAUCAUGCUGCUGCACAGUCUGCAAAGGGCCAACUAUAAUGUUCCACUGGUGUUGACCGACUCCGGCUUCCCUCCCCUCACCAACAACACGGAGCUGAAAGUUCAGGUGUGCACCUGUAAGAAGAACAGAAUGGACUGCAACGGAGCCGUCACGCCUGUUACGGACCUGCUGCUGCUGCUCAGCUUGCUCACGCUCUCCAUACUCUGCCUGUAAAUUUCUGCUGAACCUUUCUGUGGUCCUCUCGCAAAAGCUGAAGAAUAUCUACCAGUCCGUGCCCCCAUCAAACCCCAGACUGAGAAGUCAGGAGAGGACCUCACCAAGCGCAAACACACUGUCCCACACACAACCACUGAGCCACUGAGCUUCUUCUGUUCUUCUCUUAUCCCUCCACCUCCCUCCCAUUCUGACAAGCACCUCCUUCACCACACCCCCCUCCCUCUCUCUCGCUCUCUCUCUCUACACUCCACUUCACUCCUCUCCUCCCUCGUUCACUCCCUCCCUCCCUCCCCUGCCCUAUCACUCUCUCUGCAUACUUCUGGACACUGUCAUGGAUGCCACCGCCUGAAUGAACUCUCAUUGGAUAAAAAGGACGUAUCGGAUGGGGGGAAAGCACCUGGACUUUCUGAUGUAUUUGAUUUAUCUGUCUCUGGUUAAAGACUACUGUAUGACUUUGUUUACUAAUGUAAUGGAGAGGACGUAAAGGCCUGUUUAGUCUGCAGUGACUGUGGUUUCUUAGGGCAAGGUGGUAGCCAAAAGCCUUCAAAACGUUUAAAGUCGAAUCUCUGGAGUCUCUUUGUUCUUUUUUUUUCUUGUUUUUUUGGGGGUUUUCUUUCUGUUUUUAAACUGCAUUAGUUGUUAUGGAGUGGAAUAUAUCUUUCUAGUAAUGAUGUGAAACUGGUGGUGGGUGGGUGGGUGGGGGGAAAGUACAUUAUAUAUAUUUUAUUUUUUACCAUUGUACAAAAUGUAUUAAUUAACUUAUGUAAUUUGACUGCAGACUUCUUCAGUUACCCCUCACGAAUAAAAAGACAGAAAACUGUAUCUUUUUGCGAAUUUUAGGCACUAUUUCUAAUGCUAUUGAUGUCUUUUCCUCUUUUUCAUGUACUAGCUCUGGGUUUUUUUUUUUCUUUAGAGAAUGUGGGGUUGAGUCUGGAGUCUUACACUAAUUUGCAAACUGGCAAUCUGUCUGACCUGUGUUUUCAUGGAUCUGUUGGUAUGACAUUUAGUCUCGCUCUCUCUCCCCUCCACUCCCGCAGAGAGGCCGCAGAAGGCUGACGGUUUUGUUGGUUUGUAUUUUGAGCUUGUGAGAAGAGGAUCAAAAAAAAAAAAAAAAAAGAAGAGAAGAAAAAAAACAGAGGGAAAAAAAAGAAAUAAUAAAACGGGUGUGUGUACGUGUGAGUUUGUGCGGAAGACCCCGUAAGUCCUGGUAAAGCAAAGAAAAACAAUGACGUUACGAAUGAGUUAUGUCUGUCUUUUGCACUAAUUUAAUAAAGCCGUUACUGUACUUCCCACCA